AUGUCCCGUGUUGUCCUCGUCGUCCUGCUGGCCCUCGCCGCCGUCGCUUCCGCCCGCAUGGCUUACGUUCUUCCUGACGGCGUUGAAGCACUCCUGAAGGGAGGCACUCUCGAGACCACCUUCUCCUGCGACAACCGUACUUACGGCUACUAUUCCGACAUCGACAAUGACUGCCAGCUCUUCCACGUCUGUCUGCCCAUCUCCGACGACGCCGGAGCCGUCCUGGAGACGGCGCACUUCACCUUCGCGUGCGCCAAUCAGACCGUGUUCAACCAAGAGUCCCUCACCUGCUCCCACCCACAUGAGGCCUUUCCCUGCGAGGAGUCUGCCAACCUUUACGAUCUCAGCAACUCUGAAUUCGGUGACAUCCCAGAGAGCAGAUAAUUCAACUAUUCCCCAGGCUGCACCAAGUGUGCCCUCCACCGCCCACCUAGUCCGCCAUCGUGGCUCCAACGGUCCACACUCAUAUACUCAAAUAUAACAGUGCCGUUGCUGUCGAAUUCUAAACUAAUACGUUGUGAAGUGUUUGUUUUCUGUCAUUUCUAUACUAAUAUUUCCAGGUAUUUACUAUAUCCUGUGUAUUGUAUCCCUUGUCUUUCUAGUUGCUUGCUUGCCUGGAUGCCUGUGAUUUUUUGUAAUUUAAUUGUUAGUCAUAAUUUCGUUCACUACAAUUUUGUUUAUCUACUUUGUAAUUAUCUCUUUAUUUGUCC